AUGGUUGCAGGAGAUACCAAAGUUGGAGAGAGCUCAAUAUGGGCCAAAAUUUUGGAACGACUUGAGAUCCUUAUAUGGGUUUUAAAUCAAGCUUGUAUCGGUUUUGUGACGAUUUACAUGUUUUGGAUAUGCAUUUACAAAGGCAUGGGAACUAUGGAGUUGCAUGCCUUUCUUGUGACCAUCGGGUUCAGCCUACUGAUGGCCGAGGGCAUAAUGUGCCAUUAUAACAUUAAUCCAUUAACAAAUGGUUUCAGGCGCAAAACAAAAACCACCAUUCAUUGGCUGCUGCUCACACUGGGCGGUGGUUGUGGUGUAGCCGGUUGCCUCGUUAUGAUAGUAAUAGUGAAAUUCAAAAUGGACCAAGUCCAUAAUAGAUUAGGUUUCGCUGCAUUUAUACUUUGCCUGAUCAGUAUGCUGUCGGGCUUGUGUGCCUUAUUCUCAACUUAUCUACGUCGCAUACUGAGUCCAUUGUUUAACAAGGGCUUUCACAAUUUAGUGGGAUUUGGCACAUUUCUAACCGCAUUGCUGGCACAAUACUACGGCUACGAUUUCUUCCAUUACAAUAUUUUAUGGUCGUUUAUCAGGGUGUUGCAAGUGGUGACCCUUGUGUCACUAGUGCUCACUUCUAUAGGUCCGCUUAAGGCGCUUUAUCAGAAAAUCUUAAGUUAUUUCGAUUAGGAAAGCCGGUAAUUUUAGAUAGUACGCAUGUUAAGUGAUUUGAUUUUGUUAAGUGUCAUCUGCAAUCUAUAAACAAUUUCAAGUGCACUCCGAUAUUUAUAUAGCUUAAUUCUGCAUUAUAAGAGUGUGAUGUUUAAGUGGGUACCUCACAGACAUACAAUAGGGCAAUUCACAAUCAAGUGCAAAUUGAGAGACUUCAGUGCAUUUGUAAAAUUAUGCCGACAAGUAUAUAAAUUUUAUCGUUUUAUCAGCAGGUUGUUUGCACUUGGUUGUGAAUUGCCUAAUGCCUUUAUUAUUCCAUAAAUUAGAAACGUGUUGCGAAAGUGAAAUAUUGCAUACCGGAAGUUGUUGAAUUGUGAUAAAAAACACA